UAAGUAAUUAUGGAAGAGUCAAAAGCUGAUGAAAGUACCCUCCAGAUCCCGAAUGAUGAUGAGAAGUUACUCCAAGAAAACCAAUUUGAUGAAAAAACAAGAUACCUCAUCUCCAGAGAUCAAGACAGACACAACACAGGAGAAGAUGAGGAAGAAGAGAAAGUGGAAAGAGGCCCUGUAAAAGACAAUAAUGGAUAUAAACAAGAAGCACGUAAAAAUAGUUUAUUCACAAAACCCAAGAAGUUGAUUACCUCAACUAAGUCAGUGCCUAAAAGGAAUGGAAGGAGUGGCUCUAUAAAUGCCCCUAAAUCAACGAAAUAGCAGCGAUGAUGUGUUGAAAAGAAGGAGGCAACAUAAAAGAACACCACAAUCUCAUAUUCAGAGAGUAUUUGGGUCUAAAUUUAAAUUUUCGGAGAAACAUCUUAUAGCUAACAUGGAUGGCGAGAUGAUAAAAAGCUCCGUGAAAGAAAUCUUCAAGUUAGACACUCUCACUAGGGAGAACCUCAAGAUGAUCCUAAGAGAAGGAGCUGAUACGAAUAAUGUUCUUAGAAUCACAGAUGAAUGCUUUGAAAAGAUGGUUGAUGUGCUAAAUCUCCCGCUUGAUUCUGACCCUGAAGAUACUGAUGAAGAACCUGAUAAGAUUGAAUGCAAUAGAUACGAAACACCUAGGCUACCUGAUGAAGAGGAUAAGGAGAAUAAUGAUAAAAUGGAUAUCAGAGCCCAUGAAGAGAAAACAAUUACAGUAAGCUCAGCAUAUGAGCUCUCUGUAAAGAACAAUAAGUUGAUUCAAGCGAAAGGGUGCCUUCAAAGCAUAAUAAAUUUUGAGAGAAAUCAGAUGACUGAAAAGAAUACGACAGGACAGAAAAAGUAUAAAGAUAACUCUGUCAUGCCAGUGAGCAUAGAUGAAGAAGCCCAAAGUCAUCAUAUGGCAGGGUUAAAGAAUUUAAAAACUAAAUUUAAAAUUUUAGUUGAAGAAAUUCUAAAAACCCGCGCAGCAAUUCAUAAAAGUCAAGAACAGCACAUGAACCCUGAUAAGAUAGAAAACGUCGAUGUAGACACUGAGUGAGAUAUUAAUGAACUUGUGAAGACAAGUGCUGGAGACUGCCCUGAGACCUUCAACUGAUUAGUAGAAGCCAAAAAGCCCUACUAUAAACUAUUUUUAGUCCUCACAAUUGUAGCAAUUAUUGCAUUCAUAGUUAUGGGAUGUAUCACAGGCUCUUAUUCAUACUCACGCUAUAUCGGCCCAUGGGUUAUCGUGAGCAGAGGAUCAGCAUCUGCAAUUCUUGGAACUACAGGAAUUCUUAUGUUCUUUGUCUCAUAUGAUGUGCUAACUUACAUCCGAUCUAAAUGCAAAGGAAAAUGACAAAUAUGGUUAAACCAUAAUAUCUUGAUCCAUCGUUUUUGAGGAUAUGUGGUAACCUUCUUUAGUAUCCUUCAUACAAUUGGGCAUUGAUCAGGAAGUAUUCGUAAAUUCUCUGAAGAAAAAGAUAUACAAAAUGUUAAUGAUGUGACUUUGAAUCAUGAUUUUGAUGGAGAAAAGACCUAUUGGGAACUGCUCUUCUUAACUAUCCCUGGAAGUACAGGGAUAAUACUUCUUGUUUUAAUUGCAGCAAUGGCUAUCACAUCGAUGUCCUGGUUCAGAGAAAAGUAUUUCCAAAUAUUUGCUUACAUACAUGUGUUCAGUUUCCCACUUUUCCUUGGCUUAACAAUUCUCCACGGAUGUGAGGGAUGGUUCAACUGGGGAUUCCCUCUUGGGUCUGUCUUUUUAGCUGCUCCAAUAAUUAUCUCAACCAUUCAGUUUAUUCAAAAGCUGAGAACCAUGAGAAAAUACAAGUUCAGGAUAGCUGAUGUCAGUAUUUCAGCUAACAGGAAAUAUAUUAUGAUUCUCUUUAUUAAACCUAAAGGAUUCGAAGUGAAGCACGGCCAAUAUGUGUUUUUAAACAUCCCUCAAGUAAGUUGUACAGAAUGGCAUCCCUUCUCAGUAGCUUCUUGACCAGAGUCUAAAUUCCUCACGCUCAUGAUCAAAAGGGCAGGAGACUGGACCGGGAAGCUCAUAGACACUCUUUAUGAGCAGAAGAAGUCUAUGAUGAGGAUGGAUAAACUCAAUAUUGAAUCUUAUGAUGAAAAAGAUGUAUUUAACAUUCUCCAUUCAAUCUAUGAUGAAAUAAAAGUUAAAGACAUGAUGAACCUUAAUAAGGAUCAUUUCCUGUACGCUAAUAUUUCCAAACCAAUCACCAGCACUUGUGAAACUUUCAUAGGCAAGAAUGUCGUCUUAGUUGGAGCUGGCAGUGGAAUCGCUCCAUUCCUACCUUUAGUUGAUGAGAUCAUUAGAUUUGAUUUAGGGAAAUCUCAUUCUUAUGAUUUUAAUUCAUGAACACUUAUAUUUAUCGCAAGAGAAGGCGAGCAAGUUUCAUGGAUCUCAAAUUACCUCCUGCACUUGAUCUCAACAGAUUUCAUAAAUUCUUUCCUUAAUAUCCAGAUUUACAUCACUCUGAAGAAGAACUCUGAGACAGUGCCAUCUUUUCUUUUCUGGAGGGCUUUCUUGCUGAUUUGUAAGAACAACAUUGAGAUGAACUUUGAAGAGCCAAAAGAAAACUCAAAGUCAUCUAUCCAUUCAGUUUCCUGAAAUGUUGAGGAAAUAAAGAGCAACAAAACUCCUUUAGAAAGUGAGAAACUGCACACCUUUACUUUCGAGACGAGUCCGGUAACUUUAAAGUUCGGUAGGCCGAACUUUACUAAGAUCUGUAACAGACUGGUUGCUAAAAAUGAACCUAAGUACGAUAUCUACGCCUGUGUGCCUAAGGUACUAGCCAAUCACUUGCAUUAUGUGUUCGUCAAAAUGAAGAAAGAAACAGGCAUUGUGUUCAACUUGAUCCUUGAAUCCUUUUAUUAAAACUUGAUUCAGUAA